GCUAUUGGCCCACUGCAUAUCCUUAUACUAUAGUACAAGGGGGCCAGUAGCCAUUGGGUAGGUGAUGCCCCUGGUGCUCACAUCAGUGCAGUAAAGGAAAGACUAGCGCUGUCACUUUGCUGCUCUUAAUCCCAGAAGAGUUUAUGGUACCAGACUGGGUCAGCACCUACCUGGGCAUUCGAGCGGCGCCACGGGCAGCUUGGGGGUCUCACACAGGUUCCGUUAUCCAGAACGGGCGCCAUGGCAAAGUCACAGAAAGCUACAGCGGCUCUGAUCGCUAUGGUGCUAUUGGCCCAGAUGGCUCCCUGCAGGGCUCAGUUAUCCUUAAUAACAGGACUGGCGAAGUCAGGGGCAGCUAAAGAAGACACUUUGGAGUCAGUUGUCAACUAUAUCAAGCGCGUGGCUAAGGAUGAAGAUGUGAGGGAAAUGUUCAAAAAUGCCGCGAAGGCAGGAGGCGUGGCCUUUGCUACGGCGCUGCUGUUUGGUCCAGCGGGAUUGAACUUAGGGGCCACGUUGGGCGGAUACGUACUGUCCAGUGAAACGGCCAAGUCUCUUCUUGGGAUGGUCAUGUCCCCUGAACAAGAAAAGGAGGUGAAGAAGAAGAUUGAUGCAGCAGUGGAAGGGUUGGGGUGGGUUAUGUUUGUUAAAAAAUGGGUUCUAGGCUGAUGGCUGAUAUAGAGAAUAAAGAACCCCCUUGUCAUAAA